AUGUAUUCAUAUGCACAGCAACUUCCCCCGGCAUGGGCUGCACCAAGCAAUUCUUCCUACACUGUCAGCUCUGCGACCCAGGCUCAGCCAGCCAUUGGCCAACAGCACUUCGGUGGACGAACCCACCCGAUUUACAACCAAGGUCCCGGAAUGCAUCAAUAUAAUCACCCUCGAAGUUCUCAGUCGCCGGCUACUGGAGGUGACGGACUCCCAGCACCCCCUUACGAUCAAGUGAAUCAACCUUUCCAGACUUCGAUCUCGGGCGGAGGUGGCCAGACCACUCCACCGGGCCUCUCGACAUCUCAACACGCUCAAGGUGGAAUUUUGACUUCGCACAGCUCGAUAGCGACGCAACCUCCUACUCCUUCGAGCGUAUCUGCACAUGUCGAUUCAUAUACGCACUCGAGGCCCCCCAGCACACCGAACUACUAUACAUCCUCUGCAACUCAGCCGUCUAGCUAUCCACCAUAUGGUCACCAGCCUUCACCGACCCAGCAUACCUCUUCUAAUGGCGGCCCUGUGCCUAGGGGCCUUGGAUCGAUGUCGGGCCCGCAUGGUGCUGGCAUGGCACCCCCUGCUUCCUAUCGAUCAUACACCUCUUAUCAGCCCCUCCCUACCAUGGGAGGAUCAGUCUUAUCCAACAUUCAUCAACCUGGAAGCCAAAUGUCAAUGAUCCAAGGGAUGUCCGUGGGUCCAUAUGGGCAUACCAUGCUAUACGCAGGGCAAGGCCAACCCCAACCAGCACAGUCAGAGCGGCCUUUCAAAAAGGAUGCUUUGAAGCGACAUCGGCUUGUCAAGGGUUGCGAAAACAAGAGCAACGAGAAUUCUGGUGAUGGUAACGGAGCAGAUCGCAGUGGAGAGGAGAACGAUAGCCCUGACAUCAAGAGGGAGUAA